AUGGAACUCAUUGACAAACUCCUUGAGUUCUGUGUUUCUGGCCCAUCCACUGAGCCUUCUCAAAUCCCCGGCCUGUUCAACAAAAUCUUCAAGACCUUCAAUGUCUUACACAUAUUUGGUGAAGGUCAAUCACCUCUUGUUGAAAGCCUCAUUCUCCAUGCCGUUGUCCCUUCACCCUUGUCAAUGUCCUGCUCCCAAAUUUUCCAGAACAUCUCCCUCCAACUCGGCAAGAAGUCAGACAUCACGGCCCACAACAUUCAAACUAUCAUUACCUUGGCAUAUGGCAAAGCCCUUUGCUUCGACUCAUCACCAUCACCAAACGUAACCACCCAAGAACCCAGCCAUCCAAUUUGA